GGGACAAAAACAUAAUGAAAGCGCGUCUGAGUAUUCCUUUUCUUUUCUUUUUUUUGUAUGCUUAUAACAGUGAAAUCACUUGUUUUAAUAGACAUAGUGGCCUUCUAUGAAAAAUUACACAAAAGCGCAACAACUGAUUUUAAUAUGCAGACGUCCCUAUAUAUUAAUCCUUUUUGGGAUUUUUAAAGUAUAGUUUUAUUCAAGGUCAUAUGAAACAGUCAAGAAAGAUCCGCUGAAACACGUUUCAUUGCCUAUACGGAAUGAUAGACAUUGCUGCUGAGAGGGCGUACCCCACGCCUUUCGCCAAUUCUCCUCUGCUGCCCCUGCUUCUGGUCUCUUUGGCCACACAAAGGAAUGCGCCAAUACCUGCGACUACUUUCAAUGACGAGUAUGACUACAUCAUUGUGGGUGCUGGCUCGGCUGGAUCAACUCUGGCCUCUCGGUUGUCAGAAGAGCCUUGCGUAAGUGUGCUGCUUCUGGAAGCUGGUACGGCCAAAACGCCACUGCUGAAUGAUAUUCCGAGUAUAGCUAGAAACUUCUAUUUCACACACCUGGACUGGCAAUACAAAACAGUGCCCCAGAAACACACAGGAGAAGCCCUCAUUAACAGGCAAGUGAUAUGGACCAGUGGCAAAGCUUUAGGAGGGUCAAGCAUUCUGAAUGCGAUGCUCUACGUCAGAGGCAAUAGGAAGAACUACGAUGAUUGGGCAGCGCAAGGAGCGACGGGAUGGAGCUACAGGGAUGUCUUUCCUUAUUUUAUAAAGAUGGAGGACAACAGGGAUCCAGGAUAUUACCUGAAUGGUUACCACGGUGUAGGUGGCCCUUUGACAGUUGAGAAACCCAGAUAUGAACCAGAUGUAAAACCCCCUAUACGAGAAGCGGCUCAGCAACUGGGUCUCAGAGUUGUCGACUCGAAUGAUGGCCAUCAGACAGGGUAUUAUGAGUUGCAGACUACAUACAGAAAUGGACAGCGGUGCAACACAGCUAAAGCAUAUCUCGUCCCAGCAGAAAAUCGGACUAAUUUAGAUAUCUUAGCUGAAGCGCACGUCAGAAAGGUAAUAUUGCGUAAUCGCCGAGCCGUGGGCGUCCAAUUCGAUUUCCAAAACACCAGAUGCGUAGUGAGAGCCAGACGAGAAGUGAUCAUGUCAGCGGGCACCACCAACACAGCUCAACUCCUCAUGCUUAGUGGGAUCGGACCCAGGGAACAUCUCGAGAAAUUCAAGAUUCCAGUUAUUGUGGAUUUGCCUGUUGGCAACAACUUUCAAGAUCACUGUGCCUCAUUUGUACCUUUCACAAUUGAUCCUCAAAUCCCAACUGUUAAGCAAAGACUCGAGAAUCCUGCAAAUAUAAAAGAGUACAUCAUAAACCGAUCAGGUCCGUUAGCAUCCGCAGAGUUUGUUAAUUCCUUGUUAUUUAUGAAUGCUCGUCCAGUCGCCCCUAACGUGGAUUUCCCCGAUUAUCUGCUCUACUUUUUUGAGGUUCCGAAGGAAGUUCCAGAAAAGCAAGCUGGUUUAAAGCCAGAAAUCUACAAAGCAAUUUUCGGCCCGUACGAAAACAGCACAAUGGUUCUGUGCAUGAGCCAGAUUUUACAGCCGAAAAGUCGAGGAACUGUACGUUUGAAAUCCACGAAUCCCUACGACUCUCCAGCUAUCGAUCCUAAUUACUUCGAAAAUCCCCAAGAUCGUAAAAUCAUCGUUGAAGGGAUGAAGACCUGUCAGAAAAUAAUAAUGAGUGAGCCCAUGAAGAAAAUUGGAGCCAAGCCUUUCGAAACUGUUGCUCCCGGGUGUGAGCCAUUUGUCCGAGAUCCAGAUAAAUAUUUCACUUGCAUAACUAAAGGUGCGGUUUUAACAAUUAAUCACCAAGUGGGGACAGCAAAAAUGGGAGAUCCCAGAGAUCCCACAACUGUUGUCGAUCCACUGUUAAGAGUAAAAGGCAUCAAAGGCCUGCGAGUUGUGGACGCCUCCAUCAUGCCCAUCGUGCCAUCAGGAAACACCAACGUACCAACUAUUAUGGUUGCCGAGAAAGCAGCAGAUAUCAUCAAGGAGACUAUACAAUGCCCAUAUUACGAAUACUUGUAUUGAUAUAAAAAUGAAAGAAUAUAUGAAGAGAGAAUAUAAUAUGAGAUAUAUAUGAACUGA